CUUUUCAAUCUAAAAUUUGCUGUGAAAGAGCUGGAGCGCAACUCAAAGAAAUGCGAAAAAGAGGAGAAGCUCGAAAAGGCAAAAGCCAAGAAGGCCAUACAGAAGGGUAACAUGGAUGUGGCGCGUAUUCAUGCAGAAAAUGCAAUAAGACAGAAAAAUCAGGCUGUUAACUAUUUACGUAUGAGCGCACGUGUAGACGCAGUUGCAAGUCGGGUACAAUCCGCGUUGACUACACGAAAAGUUACCAGCUCAAUGGCUGGCGUGGUCAAAGCAAUGGAUGCUGCCAUGAAAGGUAUGAACUUAGAAAAAAUCUCUUCGCUCAUGGAGAAGUUCGAACAACAAUUUGAAGAUUUAGAUGUACAGAGUUCGGUAAUGGAGAAUACCAUGUCUGAUACGACUACAACGUCGGUGCCACAAGGCGAUGUCGACAACUUAUUACAACAAGUGGCCGAUGAAGCUGGCUUGGAGCUCAAUAUGGAAUUACCUAGUGGUGUACAGAGUUCAACUAUUGGUGCAUCUACACAAGUUUCACAAGAGCAAGACGAACUAACUCAGCGACUGGCACGAUUGAGGCAAGCCGAAUAGAUUUGGUGCAUUUAUGAUUUCAGAUUUUCAAUCUGGUAUUAGUGGGGUUAACGAAAAACAGUUUUUAUAUAUCAUUUAUGUUGCGCGCUUUAUUUUCAUAUGCUCCAUGUUGGGCGAAUGUGUUGUACAUGAAAUCUGCUUCAUAAGUUUAAAAAUCAAUAGAAAUUACCCAGAUAUUUAGGAUAAUUCA